CCGCACGUAGUGUCCCAAAAACAUUUGUGUUGGAAAGGCCCGUGCGUUGCACUCGAAAGAUACAGUGAUAUCUCCAAAAUAACUUGCUGAAAGUCGGAUCAGGAUAACAUAAAAAAAAUUGUUUAUUUAAAAACCAUGGAACUUAAUCAUAAUUUUAAUUUUAAUAUGUGUAUAAAAAAUAAUAAUAGUAACAAUGAAUGCCAAAUUUUAAUAUACUUAAAAAAUAUCAUCCAUAACUGAAUGCAUAGGAGUAAUAAGUUUAUUUGUGUUUUAUUUGACACUAUUAUUCCACUAGCGAAUUCGUGUUACAGUGAUUUUAUACACUGUAAAGUUUUCGAGGAUGCCUCCGCCUUUUAUAUGUGUCCUCGAGCCGAUGGAGUUGGCUCGAGAAUCCGUUUGACCUCCAACUAUCUAGAUUGCAAUUGCCGUAAUUUUGUGAAUAUUUAUAAAAAUAAUAAUUAUUAAAGUAUACUCUAUCGCCGCUAUUAAAAAUAAAUGAAACAAAACUGUGAUAUACAUACGUAGAUCUGUUGUUUUUUUAUUUUUUUUGUUUUAAAAGUAUUUUAUUUAUUUUUAAAUAUUGGAAGACAAAAAUGUGCGCAAAGAUGAGUGUUCUUCAGGGCCGACAUUUAGGAAUUAUGACCCUUACGAGCAGCCCGUGUGAGCUAGACAACAUGAGCUUGUUUCAAGACCUCAAGUUGAAAAGGAGAAAGGUCGACUCCCGAUGUAGUAGCGACGACUCGCCAGUAUCGUUUGGAUCAGCAGGAUCACCACUUGGGAUCCAGCCAGCGGAUGCACCUUCACCCAUAACCUUUCCUGCUCCAGGGGAAAGUAUUGCGGAUACGUCGACCUUGUCACCAGAUGUAAAUAUGCCCAGCUCGCCGGGCUGUCCUGUGGUCAAAGUAAAGAGCGAGUUUCUUCGAGGUAGUCCCAGUCCUCGAAGCCCCGGGCAGCGUAGUUCCGGAAGUGUGGUGAUGAGUGGGACGAAUCUUUCUUAUCAUCAGCACGAUAAUCUACGAGAGACUGCAUCACCAGAUUCGGUGUUCCCCGAGCCAGUGAUGAGCUCAACGAGAGUAAAUGAAGAAAAUAGAGCCCAUACCCCAACACCACUUUCGCCGUGCGUUGAAACGAGUCAUGCGGUGUCUACAACCCCAAUGAGCCAAGAAGAACAACAACCCGGCAGCAGAUGCCAGACCCCAGAACGAGCCGGUGAAUUAUCUUCAGGUCAAACGAAAUUAGACUCGGACAACUCAGUGUUUGAUGGUGGAGGCGGAGGAGGAGGAACUGAUAGAAAUUCUCGAGUUGAUAUCUCGAGACAACCUAGUCCAUCCUCCCAGUACAACAUUAGCCAAGCACCCAGUCCGAGUAGUAAUUCGUCUCACAGUUCUCAACAGCAGCCACCAACACCACCGAGGUCACGAGCUCCUUCAGUUCCAGCUCAUCUCCUUGCUCACCAUCAGUUUUGGUCCCAGAAUUCCGGAGUCCAGGGUUUUGCUGCUCAGAGACUGCUCAAUGGAGUUAUCAGCAGUGUUGGGUACGGACAAAAUCUCACUGGGAAUCCCACUAGUACUGGCAGUCCGGCGGGAAAUGGACUUGGAUCUACUGGCAAUGUCGGAAAUAAUCAAGGUACUAAUUCUAACAAUACAACAUCUUCAUUAUCUGCGUCCGAAGGUAUGAAGCCACCAGCCCAAAGACCAGCCCCCUCAGCUCCUCGACCUCCUCCCACUGUGAUAAUGGGUGAGGUUGGCGGUGUUAGAACAAUGAUUUGGUCAGCACCUGCCUUGGAACCCGUUCCACCACCUGCAGCUUCUUGGACGACGACAGCAUCGUCUGCAUCUUGUUCAUCAUCCGAAGAAUCAGCGGCUCAGUUGCUGCUGAAUCUCGGACAAGAGUCGCGGGGUAAACCGCCUUGUGUUUCGUAUUCCUCUGGACCACCACUUAACAUGGAGAGGUUAUGGGCCGGGGAUUUAAGUCAACUCCCUGCUGCACAACAGUUGCAGGCACUUAAUCUAACAGCAUCUGGCUCGAAUCAGCCGUGGGUUAGAAAUGGUGCUGCUGUUAAAUCUGAAGCAGUAACGCAGUCAAUGCACAGUCAAUCACUUGCUACACCUACUGCAACGUUACCUUCUCAAGAGCAUGAAGAAGACGAAACACCUAUGAUCUGCAUGAUUUGUGAAGACAAAGCCACUGGAUUACAUUAUGGUAUCAUCACAUGCGAAGGAUGUAAAGGAUUCUUCAAAAGGACAGUGCAAAAUAGAAGGGUUUACACGUGUGUAGCCGAGGGUGGUUGUGAAAUAACAAAAACUCAAAGAAAUAGGUGUCAGUAUUGUCGAUUUAAAAAAUGCAUUGAACAGGGUAUGGUACUUCAAGCAGUUCGGGAAGAUCGAAUGCCUGGUGGCAGAAAUUCCGGAGCCGUUUAUAACCUUUAUAAGGUCAAGUAUAAGAAACAUAAAAAAACGAACAAAUCAAGUGGUGUAUGCGGUAACAAUAACUCUAAUAGUGGUGUAAACGGUUCAGGAUCAUUAGUUGGCAACAAGGGAACAAAUGUUGCUACAUCAAUGUUAGAUAAACAUAUGGCUGCUGCGGCUGCAACAACGAUGCUUGAUAAGCAUAUGGCAGCUGCAGCUGCAGCGGCUGCUGCUGCUCAUCAUAGCCAACAGCAACAGCACCAGCAACAACAACAGCAACAACAGCAGCAGCAACAGCAACAGCAGCAACAUGCUCAACUUGCUGGAUCAUUUUUACAUCAUCAUAAAAUUUCAUCGGAUCAACACAAUUCACAACCAACACCAAGUCAUCCUAACCAUCCCUCGCACACGGGGCAUCUGGUUAAUGGGACGAUACUAAAAACAGCACUUACUAAUCCCUCUGAAGUCGUACAUUUACGGCAAAGGCUAGACAAUACUGUAAGCAGCUCGAGGGAUCGUGCUUUCCCAUUGGAUGCAACACUCGCCAUGAUACAAACACUUAUAGACUGUGACGAAUUCCAAGAUAUCGCAACGUUAAGGAACUUGGAUGAACUGCUAGACCACAAAUCAGACUUAAGUGAAAAACUGUGUCAAAUAGGAGACAGUAUAGUUUACAAGUUGGUGCAGUGGACCAAGAGAUUACCGUUUUACCUUGAACUGCCGGUUGAAGUUCACACGAGACUUCUUACACAUAAGUGGCAUGAGUUGUUGGUUUUAACAACUUCGGCGUAUCAAGCAAUGCAUGGUCAGCAAAAGUUUUCAAAUGUUGGGCCAGAUGGUACAAGUGCAGACUUUGUGCAAGAGGUAUCAAAUAACAUGUAUACAUUACAAACGUGCCUAACGAGUAUGAUGGGACGAACCAUAACCAUGGACCAAUUGAGGCAAGACGUCGGCCUCAUGGUAGAAAAAAUAACUUACGUUACACUUAUGUUUCGACGGGUUAAAUUACGGAUGGAAGAGUACGUUUGUUUGAAAGUCAUCACCAUGUUAUCACAAGAUACUAAAUCUCGAGGUAGUACGCCGGAAUUAGAACAAAUUCAAGAUCGGUACAUGACUUGUUUGAGGAGUUUUGUUGAACACAGCGCACCUCAACAACCUGGACGUUUCCAUGAUCUUCUCCAUCGAUUGCCCGAAGUGCAAUCGGCAGCUACAUUGCUACUCGAAAGUAAAAUGUUUUACGUUCCUUUUUUAUUAAAUUCAGCGAUUCAAAGAUAGUAAAAACAAAAUAAAUGGUAAUUAUGCUAGGUUUAUUUGAACACAUAUAAUGCCCGACAUAUGUACAAUGUUUAUUUUAUAAUUUUCAAAAUGAAAAUUGUAUAGAAACAUUAGGAUAUCGAAGAAAAUUACACUACUGAGUAAUAGGAAAAAACAGUACGAAUGAAGAAUUAAAAAUUAAGACAAAUAGUGAAUAAUUUGUCGGAACGGAA